AUGUUCACCAGCAGUCGAGUUGAGAGGACGCCGUAUAGCGAGGUGGGUUUUGCCAGGUGGCACGAAGCAUGUCUGGAAAUGUUGUCGGCUUGUAUGUCUGUUGUAGUGGAUGGUGAGUGGCGAAUGAGCUUGGCGGCAACUAUGGGGAAGCAGCUUGAUUUGUACAAGGACUUUCCUGAAGAGAAGGCGUUUCUUCUGCGAUGCCUUGGCACAGCGUUUCUUCUGCGAUGCCUUGGCACAGCAUUGUCUAAAAUUGCACUGAAGCAAUUUGUUGUCGAUCACCUCAUGCUGAUGUUCAAAUCUACCCAGCAUAAUAUCCCAACUGAACGGCAGGGAUGUGCACGUGGUGUAGGAGCGUGCGCUUCAUCACAUAUGGACUUGGUUCUAGUAGAGCUGGAGAACGUCUCCAAAUGGGAGCAUGCAAAGAAGAGCUCGGGAUUCUUCGGAUUCAUCAAGGACGCGAUGCCAAUUCGUCAGUACACCGACACGGAAAUGGUCUUAUUACGAGCUAGUCUUAUGCUGAGUUAUGGAUAUGUCGUGCAAGCCUGUCCACUCGAUACGCUCACACAGCGACUUCAACAGACAAUCAUCACAUUCUUGAGGCAUUAUUUCGCGAAUAGCAAGCAAGAAACUGUUGUUCGUGAGGCGAUGCUUGAAACCAUGCGGCUAAUAGCCAUUUCCAUACAUCCAUCAAGACUACCUGGAGACUACAGAUUUGAUGCUCGAAAUGAAUUGAUUGGAUAUAUCAAGUUUAUGAUUACGUGCAAAGCGAGACACCUGAAAUGCUGUCUAGCUCUCUCCGGCUACCUGGCGGCAAAAGCUACUGCGGCUCUUGUACGCCUCGAACCUGCUCUGAGUGACGAUGAUGUUUGGGAUUUGGGUUGUGUAUUGACGCAGUAUAUUUUGCCCAUGUGUCGUGAAAAGAGCGGACUAAAAACGUUGGCCUAUGACUUGUUCGACUACGCAUCGACGUCGAUUUCAUCGUUUACGUCGUCUAGUAGCCGUGCCAGUACAAAGAAGAUUGAUGAUGACGAAUCCGCGACAAUUAUGGAUGCUACGGUGGCGCAAUACGGAAACGCACUGGAAGCGAUAGUCGAAAUGCGACCGACCGUUGGUACAGUUACACAGCUGCUGAAGAUGCUGCUGCCUUAUUACGGAAAACUGGCUGAACAUGAACGUAGCAGGUCGAUAGAUGCCACUGUACAAGUUUUACGUGUGUAUCUGGACAGAGCUGAGGAUAUAAGCAUAGGAAUAGCGAGUGAUUUUGGACCGUUGUCAUCGUUGUUAGCCCGACUUACUCCUCGUUUGGUUGAUUCGUUGGCGCUUGUACGUCAUCAGUCUCUUGUGGCUAUUCAUUACGCAUUUCGUCUUGCUAAUGCGUAUAAGGGCCAUGGCACGCUCACAGAUUCCACACUGUUCAGAAUUGAUGAAUUUGCCCGGACGUAUCUGAAUAAUGAAGGUCGUCUCGAUGUUAAUGAUGCUAAGAAAGCAAUAAGGAAAAUGGCGGAGGUGAGUGGAACAUUCCUGAAAUGGUUUUUCCCCGUUUACUGGCUUCAUGACCUUGAGCUGCUGGUUAAGGUAAUAGAGUCGCGCUUACCACAAUGCCAGAUGCAGACCUAUCUGUCAGCGCUAUUCGAGAUGUUGACAGAUCGUCAGAGUCAGGUCUCGUCAGCUGCCGCUCAGUUGCUCACAUAUGCCCUGACGUGUCGUGGAGCGGUUCUUGUCCACGAGGUUGCCUGUUUUUUUUGGUUCACCUGCAGCAAUUUUCAGGGCGAUUACUUCCUUUUUCAGGCUGAUACAUUGGUGACAACAAUACUCGCUCGAUUACCAGAAGUGCAUUCCUGUGUUCAAACGUACACCGAUCUGAUGGCAGCUCUUGUUGCAUUUGCCACUCAUCAACAAACGGUCGUGUGUGAUGUGAUGUUACGCCAACCGCUGCCGUAUUCUGUGUUACACGGAGAACCAGAAUGGACAUUAUAUGAGAGAGUACCGGUGCUUAUCGCCGCAAUGUUUCACAUGAUUUGUAGCGUUUCGGAUACGCAGUUUCCAGUGGUUGUGAAGGAGAAUAAGGACGGAUCGAAGCAGCCUCUCAUUAUAACUCCUGAGUUGAGACGUUCUGCUGAGAGACCUGCAGGUUUGGCUGUGGCAGCGCUCAAGACGCUGUUAUCCCAUGUUGUACACAACACCGACCAGAAUGGGUUGGAUUCGCUAGCAAGAAGUGUGAUGGAGAAGUCAAGCCAUGAAAGAGAACCGAUGCGCCUGGCAGCUGUGAUUGUGUCUUCAGCACUUGUGAAGAAAUGUCCGGACUCCAAUGGGGACUUCAAUGAGAAAUUACUUAUUGACAGUGUACGGUUGCUGGAGAAUUCUCUCACAGAUCAGAGCUUGCGAAUACGAAAGCUAUGCGUCCGUGGCUUGGGUGAGCUAUCCGAAUGCUCAUCGGAAUCGAUCGCAGAACGGUUCGCGAGCAUUGCAGUUGAAGCUGCAAUGGGAGGCCUUGAUGACCUUGGAGACAAAAAUGAUACGGUAGCAAUGGAGUCAAUAGUGGCUUUGAACAAGCUCGUCUCGAAGACGAAUGACGCUCAGCUGCAUUCGAUACUUCGUCAGGUUCUUCUGAAGAUUCGUCCAUGUUUUGAGAAGGAAUCGGCACCAUUACGGGCAGCAUCGUUUAGCCUCUUUGGCGAGUUGGCUGCUCGUAUUGGUGGCGAAAACGAAGAAUUUAUGUCACAUCUUCACGCAAACAUCGUCGCGCUUCUCCUGCAUCUCAACGAUGAGGACGAAAACGUGAGAAAGGCAUGUAGUACGACAUUCAAUCAAGUACACCCAUUAUUCAAUGUGGGAACCUUUUCGUCGGUUGUCGAAAGGGAAAUGAAAGGUGGCAGAUUACCGGCCAGUUAUACGGCAGUGCAACGGGAUCUGGCUAGUGUUUUGGUCAGUCUUGUUCUGCUUCUGCGAGACCCAGAAGAUGUGAGCGUAAGGAUAGCUGCCGCCAAAGCUGUUGGAAGCCUCCAUGACUUUGCUUAA